CUGCCUAAUCAUUGCUAACUGCUUCCCGCAUAAGAGGUCUGGGAAGCCUUCAGAAACAAGGCAAAUGAAGACUUUUCACAGCCUCCUUCGGGCUGUCGCUGCGGGAAGCCAAAGUCUUAGCACACAGAGCAGCCGGAGGGGGCUGCUUUCAGGCAGUUCCACUGAGCAAAAUAAUUCAUUGAAUGGCAUUAACGUUCUGGCUUUAAAAAUCGGAAUUUAUCAGAGGCAAAAAUUACCUCCGAGAAACUACGGACACUCGGCGUCCUCAUUCAUUUCCAAGGCAGCAGGGUAUCUGCACUUGGGCAACGUAUUCAGAUUCAUGCCUCCUAUCUGUCUCACCUCCUUUCUCUUUGAAGUGAUGCCCUUUCCAAAGAAGACGGCCGGAAAAUGGACCCCACCCGGAGAAAAAGAAAAAUGAAACGUAAAUCAGUUUGGCACUGCUUGCGUCUUCCAAAACGCGGUGGGGACAAGGCUAUGGAGAGUCUAUAGGUAAUUCUUUUAUAUAUAUAAAAUGUAUAUAUAUAACAAUUCAUAUGAAUUCUUUUAUCUGAGUCCAUGUGACUCUGAAGCCGGAGAAAUCAAUUCAUAUGAAUUUUUAUGUAUAUAACAUAUAUACAUAUGUAUACAUUAUAUAUAUAUUUAAGAAUUAUCUAUAGAUAAUGUAGCUAUGUGGAGCUGUGAAGCAAUUCUCCAUGCUUUCGUCUCCCGCAAGUUCCCAGGUGGAGGCCACAGUCAAAGGUAUUAUAAGCCGCCUUAGUGACCACCAGAGACGGAAACCGCUAAUUACCACGUCUCCUUUGAUCUCCAGGUGCCCUUUGGCCCCUGAUACCAGAGGCUUUGGUAUUGGCGCUUUCCCAGAACUGGACCAGAGGAACCAGUUCAAAGUCUGACUUCGGUCUGCAUUUAACGUACACACGGAGGUCUGGAUUAGACUCCCCCGGUUUUAGAGAAGUGUGCUGAUUGCUGUGCUGCUAGAGGCCAGCAAACUCUCCGUGUGGAGAUGAUUAGUUUCAGCAAUUCGCCACCUGGGAGCUUUUCUUUAAAUUUUGGGAGUAAACUGGGAAAAUAAAAAAACCUCCAGGUCCACUGGCUCUCUCCCUUUCCCCACCUUCCUCUUUCGAUUCGUUUGUGGGAGUUUCUCCUCUUUGCUGGGACUAAAAUGUGAUGCGCAAUCGUUUGUGAAUGAACAAAAGUCACCAGCAGGCGGGGAGACAGGGACAGAUCUCUGACGACAGACUGAGGGUGGGAGCAAAGGUCCUGCCUCCUAGGAUAAAGGGGAGCAGCCCUUCCCGCCGCCUGGUCUCCAUGGCUCCCUUCGUCUUCCAGGUAAGAUGAAUGUUCCUUCAUCCAUCAUCCACAGAGUACCCUCCCCCAGGCGAGCGUAGAAUCUGCUCUCUGAUGAAACCUAUUAGCCCCGAACUGGGUUGCUUUGUGGAGCCAACCGAGGCUCUCCAUUGUGGCCUUUGUCUGCAGAAUUUAAGCAUUUACAUAAUGCAUUAGCACGGAACUCAGCACGGGGUGAGGACACCGCGUGCCAAGCCCUUUGGCAUGGGCUGACACUUCAACAGCUCCCUCAACCGGCAGUUCUCAAGGACCACCCUCGAGGAUGCGCUGGAAUUGGGCUGCAGGCUCUCUGGCAAAGAACUCAGCAUCUCAUCCAAGUACUUCUCCUUCCUUGGUCAUCUCUGGGAGGUUAUGCUUUAAAAAUAAAAAAUAUAAAGGAAGGGGUGCAAAGUUUCGGUUGGUGAACUGAAGCUGGAUCCAUGUGACCCUGAAGCCGCAGAAAUCAACUUAACAUGAAUCUUGCUUCCCUGGCGGACGUUGGGACCUCGCCGUUUUUCAGGCGGACCGUUGGAAGCUUUGUGCCCAACGGCCACAGGUGCCUAGGAGCACAGAGGCUUCGGGUUCGAAUCGCUGGCGCGAGGGGCCUAGACUCGCGAGUAGCGACUACCUCCCCGCCCCCCACAAACCCGCGCGCCGGAAGCGGUGUCUCACGCCAGUAAUCCCAGCACUUUCGGAAGUCGAGACGGGCAGUUGAGGUCAGGCGUUCGAGACCAGCCUGGCCAACAUGGUGAAACCCCGUCUCUACUAAAAAUACAAAUAUUAGCCUGGCGUAGUGGAGCAUGCCUGUAAUCCCAGUUAUUCGGGAGGCUGGUGCACGAGAAUCACUUGAACCUGGGAGGUGGAGGUUGCAGUGAGCUGAGAUAGCGCCACCGCACUCCCGUUCUGGGUGACAGAGCAAGACCCUGUCCAAAAAAAAGGAGAGAUUCGGUCAGGAAAGAAUCCAUAGGUAUUCGGGGCGCUCCCACUUUGCAAAGUAAAUGCAAUCUGUUUAGUAAGCCGAAGUCCCGAAUAACCAUCCUAUAGAGGGUGGUGGUCCAACUCAGAAAUCUCGCCCAGAAGGACUUUCCACCAAAGAUGUCCCUGAAGCGCCAAGAACUCGCCCCAGUCCCGACAGGUGCAGGACCUUUUGUGCUGCCACAACUUGGGACUCUACCUCCCUAAAUAGGCCGCUUAAUGGCCAGCUGUGCAACUGGGAUCCCGCGGCGAUAAAGAAUCACUGUGCAGAACCCUGGAGCUGGGAGUCAGCCCGCCCCCUUCCAAAGAAACCACCGGCCGAACGCGGCGGCUCACUCUUGUAAUCCCAGCACUUUGGGAGGCCGAGGCGGUAGGAUCACGAGGUCAGGAGUUCGAGACCAGUCUGACCAACACGGUGAAACCCCGUCUCUACUAAAAACACAAAAAUUAGCUAGAUGUGGUGCUGCGCGCCUGUAAUCGCAGCUACCCGGGAGACUGAGGCAGGAGAAUCCUUUGAACCCGGGAGGCGGAGGUUGCAGUGAGCCGAGAUCGCGCUACCGCACUUCAAGCCUGGGCGACAGAGCGGGACUCUGUCUCAAAAAAGAAAAAAAGAAAAGGAAAAAGAAAAAAGAAACCACGAUCCCGCGUCCUCCCAGCCGCUAGUGCUGCGCGCCGGCGGCGCCCAAUCAGUGAGCUUUCCGGGUGUGUGACGGCCUUCGGCUCCGCCCCCUCGACGGCCAUAAAAAGCCUCAGCAAAGCCUGCACUUCCUAGCACCGCACGCGGCCCUGCGCUCCGGGAUUUCCCCCAGGUGCACCUCUUCUCCGGCUCCUUGUAGCACUGGUCUCACUGUCCCCGCCGUCCGCAGCCAGUUCCUUAUCCUCCUCACUUCCCAUUGUGGCUUGGCUGAGCCAGUCGCCAGGCCUCGCUGUCCUCCUUCUCUGCCGUCCUCUCUCAGCAGCAGCCACUUUGCGCCGCACCUCACCUGGCUGCAGGUGAGCAACAGCGCAGCGCCCCUGUCCGGCGAGCUUACCUUGUCCAGCCCUGCCCACGCCAGAGCGGCACCGGCACCUCUCCAAGACUCCCCCUUCCCCGCAGGAUGAAGAAUCCCAUGCUGGAGGUGGUGUCUCUACUGCUGGAGAAGCUGCUCCUCAUCUCCAACUUCACAUUCUUCAGUUCGGGCGCCGCCGGCGAAGACAAAGAGAGGAACAGUUUAUAUGAAACCAGCUCUUUCCACCGAGGCGACGUGCUCGAGGUGCCCCGAACCCACCUGACCCACUAUGGCAUCUAUCUAGGCGACAACCGUGUUGCCCACAUGAUGCCCGACAUCCUGUUGGCCCUGACCGACAACGAGGGGCGCACGCAGAAGGUGGUCUCCAACAAACGUCUCAUCCUGGGCGUCAUUGUCAAAGUGGCCAGCAUCCGCGUGGACACAGUGGAGGAUUUCGCCUACGGAGCUAACAUCCUGGUCAAUCACCUGGACCAGUCCCUCCAGAAGAAGGCACUGCUCAACGAGGAGGUGGCCCGGAGGGCUGAGAAGCUGCUGGGCUUAACUCCCUACAGCCUGCUGUGGAACAACUGUGAGCACUUUGUGACCUACUGCAGAUAUGGUACCCCGAUCAGUCCACAGUCAGACAAGUUUUGUGAGACUGUGAAGAUAAUUAUUCGUGAUCAGAGAAGUGUUCUUGCUUCAGCGGUCUUGGGAUUGGCAUCUAUCGUCUGUACAGGCUUGGUAUCAUACACCACCCUUCCCGCAAUCUUUAUUCCAUUCUUCCUAUGGAUGGCUGGCUAACUUCAUACCCCCAUGUCAGUGUGUGUAUUCUGUGUGUAAAUAUUUUAUAUUUAUAGAGCAUCAAUCAGUAUAAGCAUUAUCAAGAAAAAUGUGACCUGUAACACUGUGUUCUGGAUAAAAAUGUGAUUAGGAAUCACACCAAGUGCUUACUGUGUAAGCCCAAGAACAAAGGCUUUCCGAAUCUUCUCAGGCAGUUCAGAUUUAAAGCACCAUCCAAACCUUGGAAACACAACAGGUUGUGGUAGAAUUCAGCAAUAUGAGAAAACCAGCCCCAAAGAUGAUAGCCACAGAGAUUGUGUUCUGUUUUUCCUCUUGUAAUCCUUGUACUGUUAGGCUGAAUUUGAAGAUUGGAAGACUAUAUUGAGACCAAUACCUUUUUUAUAAAUUUACUUUGUUUUAUUGAAAAAAAAAUGGAUAAACUUGAGUUAAAAUGAAAGUAUUUUCCUCAUUCAAAUGAAAACAUGUUUGCUAACUGGUCAAAAAAUAAGCUCAAAAUCUAUUUUUUUCAUGUAGUGUAUAUAAUCCUGAAAAAGUUGAGUGUUUCAUUUUCAUUAUGUGAAAUCAAUAUUGACAAAUAGUACUUUAAUAAUAAAGUAACUUACCAGAAAGUAUAGAAAUCUGUGUUUUCCUGUAAAAAUAGUGACUAUAGUAUCAUUUGAACAUUGAUUUGGUUUUACUUACUAGGAAGCCUGGAAUUCAUUAUUUUUUUUCCUUUUAUGUGUCACUGUGGUUACUUUAAAUCACUCUGAGAGGUAAAUGGAUAUAGGAUUGAAGUUAUGUGGGUAUUUGGCGUGUUUGUGUGUGUGUGUGUGUGUGUGUGUGUGUGUGAAAUAAAUAUGCAUAUAGUCAUAUACACAGACUGAGAGACAAAUUGUUCUUGAUUGCUUUAUUAUCAUCAUACUAGUGUGGUUAUUAUAGAGCAUCUAUAGAGGUGAUUGUAAAAGUAAGUCCAAUCUAUUUUCUUAUGUCUUUGAAUUUGUAGUAUUAACUUGCAUAUAUGAUAUUGGAUGGGUUGUCUUUUGAAGCAUUUACUAAUGUACUGUAAAAUUUUUAAAAACCUUCAGAUUUGUUUACUAGUCACUUUUCUCCAUAUCAUUUCUAAUUAUAGUUUAUAUCCUUAAAAGAAGGAUGCCACAGCAGUAUAUAAAACCCAAACAAGCAGAACCCAAACAAAUAAAUUUAUUAAAGAUAAUUUUAAAGUAGCUUAGUCCUGCCAGUCAUAUAAAUUGAUUUUGCUGAAGCUCUUAUAAGAGUUGAGGUAUAGCAAUUUUAAAACAAGCAUUCGAGCACUUUUGCAAAAUUACCAAAUUCUUAAAAUGAAGCCACAGCUAGACUUGCAUUUCAAGUAUUAAAAUUGUUUUCUCAACUGCCAAGAAUCAUAAAAUAACAAAUCAUAUUAUGAGUGAAUAUGGUGGGGAAGGUGGGGCCAAUCAAUGAUUCAAUCAGAAUAAAUUUUAAGAGCAGAUCUUAGAUUAACUAAUGUUUUAUCACCACUGAUUUGCCCACAACAAACUUAGUGUUUAAUUUUUCAAAUUAAAUGUUGAAUGAUUUAAGUUUUUAAAAUAAUUAUAAUAUUAAAUGGCACCAUCAGAGAAUACAGGUGUUCUCUGGACCUAUUCCAACCACUUAAAAUUAUCAUAAGUAUGCAUACAUAAAAGCAACCACUAUGACAACUACUGUGUUAGUGGCUUUCACUUGCUAUAUAUUACCCUUGUAGAAAUAGUUUAAGUAAAUUCAUUUCUUUUUUUUUCUUUUCUUUUUUUUUUUUUGAGACCGAGUCACCAGGCACCAGGCUGGAGUGCAGUGGUGGGACCUCGGUUCACUGCAACCUCCGCCUCCCAGGUUCAAGCAAUUCUCCUGCCUCAGUCUCAUGAGUAGCUGGGACUACAGGCGCGUGCCACCAUGCCCACCUAAUUUUUUUGUAUUUUUAGUAGACAUGGGGGUUUCACCAUGUUGGCCAGGAUGGUCCGAUCUCUUGACCUCAUGACCCACCCACCUUGGCCUCCCAAAGUGCUGGGAUUACAGGCAUGAGCCACCGUGCCCGGCCUCAUUUCUUAAAAAUAUAGUAUCCUCAAAUAAUUUUUGCAAACUUUAGUUACUACAGGCAGCAAAAACAACUGUCUGAAAUUAAAUCUGUGUUUAAAUAUAAAGACCCCAUAUUAAAGCCAAGGAUGUUCUUAAGAUUGGAAUUGCCAUAAUUAGUCUUAUUUCAUUAAAGCAAGAUUCAAUUCGUUGUUCAUUUGAAUGCUCAUUGUAUGCCAGGCAUUGACCAGUUGCAAUUUUAUGGUCCAGAGUUAAUAUUAUUAUUCAUAUAGUAGCUAUAAUAGAGUAUACACAGUGCUGUGGGAAUACAGAAGAAGCAGCAAUUAAAUCUGCCAGAAGGGUAAGAGAAUUCUAUAUGCAGGAGGCAAUGUUAGCAUUAAGCCAAGAAAUAGUGUACGGUGAUCUUAUCAUACUGAUGUGUUCAACUGUUUAUGGGAAGAGGAAACUAGAAGGAUGGUUUUAUUUGUGAAAUGUUCUACAACGCUAGAAUUGUUGAACUUCUUGGGAGAAAAGGAGUCUUUGUUUUGUUGUGCUCUGUUUGAUUAGCUGAUAACAAGGUAGAAAGAAAAGCACAUCUUCCUGAUCACAGUUAGACAAGAAACCCUGAGCCAUUAAUGUGUCUCCUAAUUUGAGGCAGUUCAUGAAUUUCUCUGGGCUUCAUCGGGUAAGAUUCAUCCUUACGCUCCUGCAAGUCCCUUAUAUUUCUGUAUUUCUAUUCUAACUUCUGAAAGGAUAACUUAGUAGUGUCUGAUGAAGUUUUUUCUUGCUUAUUUUAUUCUUUGUCAUAGGUGAAGACAGAAUAGGACUAACUGGGGCUCAGAUGAGUUAAUUUAAGUGUCAGAUACUAGGCCUGUGUUAGUGAUGAAAUGAUGAAUGAGGCAUGGACCUUUUUCUCAAAGUUUAUGGCCUAGUAGACAUAAUUGUAUUAGGACUCUCUGCAGUUGACAUUUGCAUAAAGCUGACUGAAGGCACAGAAAGUGAAAUGGUUGAUUUUUAACUGAUAAGGCCAAAUUUAUACAAACCAUGUACCAAGACUUGGGUGAUAUUUUCCAGGAAACAGAUUUCAGGCAGGACAUUCCAUGCAUUGGAAAUAGCAUGAGCAAAUGCAUGAAAAUUGCCUACAACAUGCCUGGCACAUAGCUAUGAGAUACCCUACUAGUUGUUGACUUGAAAACAUGGAACUGCACAGGGCAUUCAGGCAAGUGCAAGUGCUUCAGGGGCCAGAGCAGAGAGCAAGAGUGGUGAGCAAAGAUGUCAAAAAGGAAAGCAAUGGUCAGGUACAAGUCUUGUGUAGAUCAAGAAGUUUAGACUUUUGAACAGGUAAUCGAGAUUUGAGGUUCAGAAAGAUAAAUCCCAAAAGUACGGAGGACAAAGGGACUCAUUUAAAGGACUAGCUAAGGUGCUCAAUCUCUAAAAACAGGGGUCUGUAUUUGUGAGAGUAGAGAGCAAACAUGUUAAGGAAGAGUCAACUGACCUUAGCAAAAUCCUUUUAUUUGACUCAUGCAUAACUCUUGACGGAGUGUUAAGGACGAAUCAUUCACUUUUCUUUCCUGCCAGAAAGUGGGUUCUUGCAUAAUAGAUUAACUUGAUGUCUAUGUGUAUAUUGGAUACUCAUGAUUUUUGCUCUGUUAGAUAUGUUUCUUUCUAAGGACAAGCAAGUUUGUAUGGAUUUGUUGUUUGAGUUUUUUUUUCAGUAUAUAUAUAUAUAUAUAUAUAUAUGUUUCUUGUUUUUCCAUUUUCUACUUCAUACUGUUAAUGUCAAAUAUCAAAAAUGUUUUCCAGCAAUAUCAAGUUAUGGCAAUGACAAAAGUCCUUCACUGUAGAUGAGAAGCAUAUAAGAAAUGGUUGCCAAUCUUUGUUUUGUAUGAUCUAUUUAGCAUUUAAAACAACCUAGAUCUGUCAGCUAAGCUAAUUUUAUAUUUGGUAUACAUGCAUGUCAAAUAAAGUCAAUUUUACAUAC